UUUUAAAAUUAAUUUUUAUUUUCAGAGAUGGGUGUUAUGCCUGAAAUCGCGCAAGCUGUGGAAGAGAUGGAUUGGCUUCUCCCAACUGACAUCCAGGCAGAAUCCAUCCCACUGAUCCUGGGAGGCGGCGAUGUGCUUAUGGCUGCAGAAACAGGAAGUGGAAAAACUGGUGCUUUCAGCAUUCCAGUUAUCCAGAUAGUUUAUGAAACUCUGAAAGACCAACAGGAAGGCAAAAAGGGGAAAACAACAAUUAAAACUGGUGCUUCAGUGCUCAACAAAUGGCAGAUGAACCCAUAUGACAGAGGAUCUGCUUUUGCAAUUGGGUCCGAUGGUCUUUGCUGUCAAAGCCGAGAAGUGAAGGAGUGGCAUGGAUGUAGAGCUACUAAAGGACUCACGAAAGGGAAGCACUACUACGAGGUGUCCUGUCAUGACCAGGGGCUGUGCAGAGUCGGGUGGUCCUCCAUGCAGGCGUCCUUAGACCUAGGUACUGACAAGUUUGGAUUUGGCUUUGGUGGAACAGGAAAGAAAUCCCAUAAUAAACAGUUUGAUAACUAUGGAGAGGAAUUCACUAUGCAUGAUACCAUUGGGUGUUACCUAGAUAUAGAUAAAGGACACGUCAAAUUCUCCAAAAAUGGAAAAGACCUUGGUUUGGCAUUUGAAAUACCACCACAUAUGAAGAACCAAGCCCUCUUUCCUGCCUGUGUUUUGAAGAACGCUGAACUAAAAUUCAACUUUGGUGAAGAAGAAUUUAAGUUUCCACCAAAAGACGGUUUUGUAGGUCUGUCCAAGGCGCCGGACAGCUGCGUUGUCAAAUCACAGCACUCAGGUAACGCACAGGUGGCACAGACCAAGUUCCUCCCCAACGCGCCCAAAGCUCUCAUCGUUGAACCCUCCCGAGAGUUAGCUGAACAAACUCUGAACAACGUCAAGCAGUUUAAGAAAUAUGUUGAUAAUCCUAAAUUAAGGGAGCUUCUGAUCAUUGGAGGUGUUGCAGCCCGGGAUCAGCUCUCUGUUUUAGAUAACGGGGUGGACAUAGUGGUCGGCACUCCGGGGAGACUGGAUGACCUGGUGUCCACUGGGAAGCUCAACUUGUCCCAAGUUAGGUUCCUGGUCCUGGACGAAGCCGAUGGGCUUCUCUCUCAAGGCUACUCGGAUUUUAUAAAUAGGAUGCACAAUCAGAUCCCUCAGAUCACCUCUGAUGGAAAAAGGCUGCAGGUGAUUGUUUGCUCUGCUACUUUGCAUUCUUUUGAUGUAAAGAAACUGUCUGAGAAGAUAAUGCAUUUUCCCACGUGGGUUGAUUUAAAAGGCGAAGAUUCCGUCCCAGACACCGUGCACCACGUGGUUGUCCCCGUGAAUCCCAAAGCUGACAGACUCUGGGAAAGGCUGGGGAAAAACCACAUUAGAACGGAUGAAGUUCAUGCAAAAGAUAACACAAGACCUGGUGCUAACAGUCCAGAGAUGUGGUCUGAAGCUAUUAAAAUCCUGAAGGGGGAGUAUGCUGUGCGGGCAAUCAGGGAGCACAAGAUGGACCAGGCAAUUAUUUUCUGUAGAACCAAAAUCGACUGUGACAACUUGGAGCAGUAUUUUAUGCAACAAGGAGGAGGGCCUGAUAAGAAGGGACACCAGUUCUCCUGUGUUUGUCUGCAUGGCGACAGAAAGCCUCACGAGAGAAAGCAGAACUUGGAAAGAUUUAAGAAAGGAGACGUAAGAUUCUUGAUUUGCACAGAUGUGGCUGCCAGAGGAAUUGAUAUCCAUGGUGUUCCUUAUGUCAUUAAUGUCACCCUGCCUGACGAGAAGCAGAACUAUGUCCACCGGAUCGGCCGUGUCGGCAGAGCUGAGAGGAUGGGCCUGGCCAUUUCCCUGGUGGCGACAGAAAAAGAGAAGGUCUGGUACCAUGUGUGUAGCAGCCGUGGAAAGGGGUGUUACAACACCAGGCUCAAGGAGGAUGGCGGCUGCACCAUAUGGUACAACGAGAUGCAGUUGCUCUCUGAGGUAGAAGAACACCUGAACUGUACCAUUUCUCAGGUUGAGCCAGAUAUAAAGGUACCUGUGGAUGAAUUUGAUGGGAAAGUUACCUAUGGACAAAAAAGGGCAACUGGUGGUGGAAACUAUAAAGGCCAUGUGGAUGUUUUGGCACCUACGGUUCACGAGUUGGCUGCCCUUGAAAAGGAGGCGCAGACGUCUUUUCUGCACCUUGGCUACCUUCCUAACCAGCUGUUCAGAACCUUCUGAUUCUAACACCCCGAGUAAGACUUGAGUGAUGCGGCUGUCGUCCUAAAACUCUAAAACGGCUGUACUGCUUCCAGGCAGCAGCGUUUAUAGUCACUUAAGCUAUUAAUGCUAACUCUUGCAUGUCAAGAAACAUGGAACAUUAGUCAUAGGAAUUCUUCAUGUAAUGGCAACCUAAUGAAAGUAAUAAAUGUGAUGACUCUAUUUUCAGGAAA